AUGGAUUCGGUAUUUCGUCAUCAUUCUCCGACCGAGGAUUGCGUUUUUUAUUCUCUCUACUUUCCUCGAUCAUCCGAAGAUUCCGACGAUAGAUUUUUCGAAUUCCUUCAAGAAACUAGUGCAUUGAUACUUUCGGAAUUAGAUCAAUUUUUGAACGGAUAUAUUUGGCAGAAAGAACCGUUUGGAUUGAGAAUUGUAAAAAAUGAUUUAGGACCAAAUUACCCUUUUCUACAUGGUAGAACGGUGUUCGGCGAUUGCAUCGAGGAUGAACGGUUUAUUGUUUUCUUGUUGCGUCAUAUUUCAGGAAAGUAUCCGGAUGUUGUGAUUAGCGUUUCAGAUAACGAUGGUGAAUUUUUGUUGAUCGAAGCCGCCAUGCAACUUCCCUCUUGGCUAGAUCCUAGUAAUGGUGAAAAUAGGGUUUUUAUACAUCGAAAUGAACUUCACAUAAUUCCCUUGAUGAAGCCGACAGAUGGAGAAUUGCAAAUUUCGACGGAAAAAUUGACUGUCGAAAGAGCAAUUCAAUUAGUGCGUGAUGACAAUAUUCACACCAAAGCUGAUGAUGAAAUACAAACGGCUGUGUUUGCAAAUAUAAGGGGGUAUGUAAAUAUGCGAGUCUACAUAUCACAAGUUGUCGUAACAUAUUUUCCUAAUUCUGAAAAAUUCCUUCAG